CAACAUCAUUUGCCAGCAAAGCAAUCGAUCAGAUCAUCCAAACACCCACCACACUUGGUUUUCGACCUGCGCACGAAACCCGUCCAUUUUAUGUAUCUCACAUCCCAUCGUCAUCGGUACUGUUCAUCCGAAUUCCAGCGCAUUGACGAUACUGUGACCCUCUCCAACCUUCGAUCGUCAUGAUUGGCCCUGAACUGACAUCGGCUCUACCCAUCCCGUGCGCGACGCCUUGACCUCCACCUGAUCAAGUCUUGCCGCAAACCCGCUCUCGAUGCCAACAUCAUCCUCUAGUCGGCACAAAGCCGACUCAUACACCUCCUCCUCCAAGGCUGAGCGGCACCGCACAGCUGAUGGAAAACGGCACAAGAGACGCACCGAUCCCACUUCUUCCUCAGCCCUCCCUCUCGAAUCUCCCAAGUCCACAUAUGAUGACGAGAAAGAUACCCUGGAUGACGAUGAUAUCAGCACCACAACCCUUUCCCGCCGGAACACUGCCGAAUCCUCUCGCCCUUCUUAUGCCAAUGCAUUUACUACAGACCCUGCAAGCGUUGACUAUAGCGGUGCGCAAACGCGAACGUACCCUCAGAACGACGCUCCAGAUUCCAUUCAAGAUCGUCAAGAUUCACAAUACAUGUCAAUCAACCGCUCCGUGAAUGACAAACACAAAUCCUCGUCGAGGAACAAGAGUGAUCGUGGCUCGCGCAAAAACCGGGCGACCAACGAUCAUACGCUCAACGACGAGAACCCAGCUCUCCCACAGAACCAGUUUCCAGGGGAGAUACCAUCCACAUAUGCCGAGCCCUAUCGUCCCCCGGGCCUCGCAUCACAAUACUACGGCGAUCAGGGUCAAUCUGUCGCUUUCCAACCUGGAGUCCGCCCAACGCAACCUAGCAUUGUUACCAGUUCCGAGCAAGCUCACCUGAUGGAACCCUCACUCGACCCUCGUCCGCCUCCAGAACCCAGCAGCCUCGGUCAGCUGGGAGCUGCCGCGAGUUAUUUUGCCGACUCUUCGUAUCAGAACACGUCGGCCGGCCCUUCGAACCCUUCAAAGCCACUCAAGCCAUCCUCCAGACCCAACGGCCAGGACCAGACCGUCAUCAAUCCAAGGACCAGUCCGGGCCCUGUCAAGCAUGGCUCGAAGCCGUCACACCCUUCUUCAACUGUGCCGCUCUCUGCUCCCCUUGGAGAGGCCUCGUCUUAUUAUUCUCCUGGUAAUUUUACCUCUCCCCAACGUCCGCCUGCAUCGGAGUUCUUGGUUUCUGGCUCUCAAUCGCAUCCGUUGCAACCGAGUGGUUCUUCUCCCGCCACUGCUGGAAUACCUCUGUCCGGAGCACUCGUAGCGGGAACAGCAGCGACGGCAGGGGCACUUGCAUUCCAUCAAGCUCAACAUCAUUCACAGGCCCAUCAAUCCGGACCAUCAAAUGGUCCAUACAAUACAGGCUACACACAAAUGCAACAUAGACCACAAUAUAAACAUCGCGGUCCUUUGGGAAAGCUCGUCGAAUGGUUCCGCGACCCUCAGGCUGUUGCCGAAUUCGAGCAGUACACCGAAGCCAUUGGCGUCUGCAAAUAUUGCUUUGAUCCUAGAAGUUCUGCGGCAGAUGCUCCUCGCAAGCAUCAUUAUCCGCCUCGAAGGAGGUCUUCUGGCAGUCGCUAUGGCAGUACUGACCGUGUCGAUAAAGCUUACCGUGCUUCUUCGGACGAGGACCGCCGGAAACGUUCCAAAUCAAAGAACGUCGUUGUCGGCGGUCUUGCCGGUUACGGUGCCGCCAAACUUGGCCGCGCUGCUCUGAAAGCCAAUCAUGAUUUCGAUGACACCUAUUCUGUCCAAACAGGCCGCCCUUUGACUCAAAGUCGCGUGAGUUUCCAGGACCACCCGACUCACCAAUAUCACUCUAGGCGUCGUUCACCUUCCUCCGACCGCCGUAAGCAUGUCCACGACCACCGGAAGCAAUUCGGGCCUGACAAGACCAAUCGGAAAUAUGAACGUCGUAGUACUGGCCGCCGUGGUUCGAGCUCUUCAGAGUCGUCGCGUGGUAUUUCUCGUCGUGCUGCGGCACUAGGCGUGGCCUCUGCGGUCCCAGUCGUAUCGGCGUCUAGGCGCCGUACCUCCUCACGCCACAGAGAUGGAAGUCAUUCGCCAUCCUCUAAAAUGCCUCACGACUCCGUAUCACCUUCGUACUCCUAUGUCGAUCUUCCAGCCACAAACGCCGAAUCUGGUGGAGUUCUUGGGUUUUUCACCAGCCCCUCGGCCAACAAGAGAAAGGGCAAGGGUCCAAAAGGAUUCUUCAACUUCGCCAACAGUUCGAGCUCUUCCACCGAUCUAGACUUGGGCUACGGAUCUGGCCUUGUUCGCAGAAAGCGUUCAGAUCGACAGCUUUCGGGCCGAAACAAGAACCUGGCGACUGCCGCUGGCGUCGCUGGUUUGGUAAAAUUAGGAAACGAUCUCGCCAGCGAAAGUGAUCGCAGGAGACGGAAAGGUAAGCCCCGUGAUUACACUGACUAUGGUCCAGAACGACAGCCUUUACGACGGCACGUCAGCGCCAGCAAGCCUGACGAUGAAUGGUAUGACAUUGAUGACUCGUCCGAUAAUACUUCCCGUUUCAGACGUGGCGCGAGCAGUGAUAAAAAUGCCACUUAUGAAAAGAACAAACCCGAGUUCUCGCGAGAGGCAAUCCCACGGGUGGACCUGCGAGGCAACAGGAAUAGCAGGCAAGACAAUGUCCCUUUCGAAUACGAUAAUAGCCUUUCACCCCUGAGACAACUGGAACCACGGCCAAUUUCAGAGGCAAGCAUCCCAAAUCCUCUCGAUGCUUCUCAUGUAGCCCAACAUGACGCCGAGUACGCUCUUUCACGGCCUCGACAUGUAGUCUCUACAUCUGUCCCCUUGCAACAGCCCCAACCCAUGUCGAAUGUCAAGACUUUCAUCGACAAGUCCAUUGCAGCAUCUCCAGAGGCCGAGUUUUCGUCUCCACGAAGUCAUCGCGAAGGCAAAUCUUCACAAGCUCGUAAAAGGCAAGAUUAUCGUUCCGACAUGCCAGACACUCGCACAAGAUCAAGGCGAGACUCGAGCCCGGCGAACUUGUCUUCACAGGCCAAAUCAGAAGCGUCGAGUUUCAUUGUUUCAAACCAAGACCGUCAGGACACCGACGUACGCGGGACAGACUUGUGGGGUGCUAGUGGAAGAAAAUCCAAAGAUCGACGCAAGUCUGCUGAUGCUGCUCUUGCCCUAGGUGCAGCAGCUGUCAUGACGGGGGCGCUCAUUUCUGGUCCAGGUGCGACAGAUUCUGAAGCUAAAAGUCCAUCCAACGUAAAACGUGAUCGCUCUUAUUCUCCCAACGGGCGAGAAUCCCAAAUUGAACGCCAACUUCAAGCGCUGUAUGAGGAACAGCGCAGAGCCAGAGAUCGCAAACGCCUACCACGAGUUACCGCACCUCAAUCCUCUUUGACAGAUAUUGAUGAUGUCGUCACAAAGGUCACCGCCAAUGGGAAUACUGCCUCUAGCGGCACCGUAACUCCACCGCGUCGGAGAUCAACCGUCGAUAAAGUCCAUGAGAAAGCAGACCCCCCCACUCCAGAGACACAGCAGCAGCGUAUCGCGCGCAUGGCCGCGCAACGGGUCAAGUCGACGCCCUCCCCGGUGUACGAAGACUACAGGACCUUCUUUCUCCCAAAAGAACUAGCAGAGCAUUUGCAGGAGCACAACGACCAAGCCGAGCACCGUGACGAUCUUCAAGCAACGAUCCUGGAGAUUACUCCAGGUUCCUCGCGAACCAAGUCACGACUUGCGUUUGAUCCUUUCCUCUACCAUCAAUUCGGCUUGCAUCCGGACGAUGAUCCUAUGUCACACCCCUGGCCAGUCCCAUUACUGGGCCUCAUCGAAGCCACGCCGCCAGCAAGCCGGACGCACAGCGAACGAGGCGAGCCAGAUCCUAGCGAGCAGCCACCAGACAACCGUGACCAGAUUGAACAAGAAGGUAUCGAUAACACCAAGACAACAUCAGCUGAUCAUGACAACCGUGUCUACGAAACCGAAUCCCCCAGCGAUGGACGAGUGCAGGCACAGCAGAUUUCCCCACACGAACAGGAGGGGCAAAACAUAGAGCAAGGUUCCAACAAUUCUCGACCUGACACUGACAAUGGUCCAAGGCCCGAAACCAGCCGUACAUGGACCCUUGAUGACUCUGAAGCGGAGUUGCUGGAGAAGGAAAUUCCAACGAUUACAGACAGGCCAGGGAUCAGCCGUGCAUGGACUCUCGAGGAAGAUGAGGCUGAAAACUUGGAGAAUGAGCAAGCUCCUGGAACAAGUAAUGGCUUUGCUGACAUAUCGCCGAGAAUGGUUGAGAUUACCCCCAGGGUGAGAGACUUGUCGUCUCCAAAACCCGAUUCGUCUGAACAUGAACGUGGGCCGCCUGAACACACACCGCAAGCGAUAUACCGGAGUCCUUUUGCUGAAACUGCAACUGACCUGGGCAUCUUGAAUGAGCAACAUGAACCUUCUGGCUACACAAGCACCUCGCCUGUAACGGAAGGAAGCCAUAACAUCGUGGGUAUGAAUGGAAGACACUACCUCGAAGGGCUGGGAGACAAAGGAGACGCGUCACUUGACCACGAACGUGUCCGAUCCGGGUCGCCAUCUUCGCCCCAUAAACAAUCAUUCCCAGUGACAACAAAGUCCUCCGGAGCAAGGUCCACACAGGCAUCACCUCCUCCAGAAACUUCGAGCGUUCUGGAAUAUCUCGUGACUGGUGAUAAACAUACAGAAGUCCACCGACCGCAAGACGCAACUAUCGUCGCCUCGGCGGCCGUCGCGUCUGAUGCGCUGAGACAAUCUUUCGACCCAGCAAAUCAACACAAUGAUACCACUUCGGACAAGUCUUUUUUAGGGAUUCGCCCCGAUAUGCCACAACCAACGGACAGGGAAAUGCCAGUGGGUACUGAUGGUGUCUCGGGGCCUCUAAUUACGGGGAGCGCUGAUGCUUCGAGGUAUAACUCUCCUGAGACUCGAAACCAAGAAUCUGGCAUUGACAUGGAUGAUAUGGACGAUGCUAUCUUGCUCAGCAGCAACAAAGAACCCGACGAUUUCAUGCAUUUGGAAUCUAGUACCAAAACUCCUUUGCGACGUCUUUCAGCAAUUCGUACGGGCGGAAAUGUGUCAAGUCCUACUACUCCAAGCAAUGCAACUGCAAUUCCAGUUCAUUUUCGCUUGCCAGUCUCAUCGCCGACUAAUGCUCGGUUUGCCCCUAGCUCACCGAUUGCCUCCCCGAACUCGCCCCUAACGACGCCUCGGACGAGACAAGGUCGGCCAAGGUCAACUGAGUUCACUGGAAAGGACAUCCGCCCCCUAUACCUCGUGGAGAGAUCGAACUUUGCAAAAUCCUCAUCACCGAUCGUGGGUGACUAUCCUCCACUUCCCGCGAGCAUUGCAAGCUCGUCACAACCCUCGGUUGAGGAUUUGAGGGCCGAGGCUCAAGCCCAGGAACAUGGCUACUCUCUCACACCCACCCACAUAAGUGCAGAUUUAUUCAGGGAGCGAGCAAGAAGGCAUAGCUAUUCGCGCUGGGAUGGAGAGCACCCUCGUCCGCAGUCGCCCGACUAUCUCGAUUCAAGGUCCGCAACUCCUGUCCCGGGGGAAACGCAGCGAGCUCGUGACAACGACAGAAAGCCCAAACCAAAGUACGAGUUCCAUUCCCCUAGCGAGCUAUUGCAAGAUCCGACUUUGUUAUACGAUAAUUCAGACAUUGAUGGAGACAUCCGUUCGGCCAGCCCAUUGCCAAGUAUCAUCAGCACUGAGGCAGAUCAAGACUAUGUGAGCGCUCGCAGCAGAAGCCAGUCUCCUCCAGUUAGCGCUAGAAGUGGAAGUAGAGAUAGGCGCAGCGCUUCUGUAUCACGGUCAACAUCAGCUUCGUGGCAAGAUGCAGUCUCGACUAUCACAGUUGGUGCGGCUGCCGCCUCAGCACUUGCGUUUGGCCUAGAUCAGAAAUCGGGCGAAUCUUCCGCGUCAAAAAGAAUCGACAAAGAUGAAUUUGAUCCUGCUGGACCUCUGCCGGACCUUUCUCUCUUCUCCAUGUCUCGUGGAAAGUCAGCUUCGAACCUUCACCACGCGGACCUGGGCGGUGCUCUUCCAGAUGCCGAUUCUUCAACCACUGACUUGGCGCAAAAUCCCUUGUCGCCCCCAUCUCUGGGGCGCUCAUCGGCUGAGGUUGAUAUUGUGGAUGACAUUGACAACAUCUCUAUCGCGAACUCGAAGACUUCUAAGAAGCAGAGAAAGAAGGAAAAGAAAAAGAAGAACCGAGUUUCUGUCCUGGCUCAGACUGAGACUGCCAUCCAGACUCCUGAACCCGACACUUCAGACAGAUCUCGUGCAAGUCCACCAAUGGAUCCGCUAGCUGUAGAUUCAACCGCGGAUUUAUUUGAGACAGAAAAGCCUAUUUUGUUGACUGGUGACGUUCCGGCUGCAGAAGGCGAUACCCAGCCGGGUAGCAAUGACAGCCAACCUCAGCUACAAGAGUCCUCUGAGAUCCUAGCAGCUGAAGCUGCAGGUGCCAGCGCACUUGAGAAGGCCUUUGGUGCGGCAGUGAGAGCUCGCGGCCUAAAUGUUGACAUGUCACUCACAGAUGCUUUGACCUCUUUCACGGAACAGGCUAGCUGUGAGCAGGCUGAGUCCACGCGAAUGCCCUUGAGCACCAUUGAAGAGGAAAGUGAGUAUGUUACACCAAUGACCGACGAUCCUCCGGACAGCGAGCUUGUUAUCGGGCACGUCAGUAUCCAUGACACUGGAAAGGAGAUCGACAUUUCUGGCGGCUCACACUCCCCACGAGACAUGUCGCCGAUAACGCCGUCGGUGCCGAGACUUCAAGAACAUGUAAUAGACCACCUUUCUGAACCCGCAACUGCAGACAUACGCCAACCUGAGAUGGCCGACCCUCUCCAAACAGGUCACGCUGAGGAGUCUGAAGUUCGUCAAUUCGAGGAUCAAGAGCUAGCUCUUCAGAGCAGAGCAUACGAUAAUCGCCCGGAUUUCCAUGAACUCUCAACAAUCCAGCCUGCAGAAAUCCUGAGCACUAGUCUACAAACGCAAAGCCCAGCCACGAAUACCCCAUCAGAGAAGAUCCAUGAAAUCCCUGAUGCCAUUGUCGAUGAGGAGAAGGACAUCAUGAAGCGUGCCACUGCUGUAAGCCUGCACCUACACAGUCGGCCAGAUUCAGAACUUGGGUUUUCGAGUUCUGCAACUCCCACCGAAGCUCUAGCAGAGCCAUCUGGGCAUGAGUUGACGUCUGCUAAGUCCGAGGUGGAUUUGUCCACCCAAGUCUCAUUGAUUGGCUCUCUGGGUGAUAUGGAAGCAGCACAAACGAACGUCGAACCCGAAAAUGUUUGGCCUUCCGUGUCUGCAAAGAAACAGAAGAAACAGAAGAAAAAGAACAGAAGAAAAGGCGGCAGCGUCGACGAUGAUAUCGACCCCAAGGGCUCUCCACAAGAAUUGAUUGACGGUGCCUCCCCACAGGCAGCCAUUGAUAUUUCAAAGAGAGGCUUACCUGUAGGUUACUCAGAGGACCCUGGAAUCCCGUCAUCAGUGAAUCCUAUCAAAACACCAGAGCCUCUCACUGAUCCACUAAAUUCCGCCCAUAUGUCGACAGAUAUGCCUCUGCACCGUCAAAAAGAACUUGGCGAGGACCCACUGGGGGAAGCCGUGUCAGAGCCGCCCAGCAAUCUGAGAAUGGAAGAGAAAGACGGUUCUCUGUUUGCAGCUGUCGGUCCAGUUGCUGGUGCUUCCUGUGACGGUAUAAAUGCCUCACAUGCAGAGGUCCCCGUUGGUGACACGGCUGAAGGUACAAGUUUCGAGAGCGCACCGCUCGAACCAAAUAGUCUUGACGAUGCAGCCGGAGACGAGAUAACGACUGGAAAGGACAAUCCUGUAGUACCGCCUGCUCCCGACCAAUCUUCCUUCGACGCCAGACGAGGCUCCGCUACUACCGCUGUAGCAGAGUCGACAUCAUCGAGCCGGGUUUUUGAGCAGAUGAUACUGGAUGAAGAAGCUGAACAGAAUGAUCUCGACGAACUCUUCCCUGUUAAGACCAAGAAAACGAAGAAAAGUAAGAAGAACCAGAAGUAUUCAAAUUCAGACACUUCGGCUCCCGUCUCUGGCGCGACAAAUGCAGAUGAUAUAAUUGAGCCACUUCCUGGAGCACCAAAAGCGCUGUCACCUCAAACCCCCCCGCAAAACGACGAUGAUCUCGUGCAGCCCAAAUCCAAGAAAUCCAAAAGGGACAAGAAGGACAAGAAGAAGAGUAAAUUGCAAGCAAAAGGCCCGUUUGCCCAAGAGGCACCCUCCGAAGCCGCCCAAAUCUCCGUACAACUAGUCAACAUAUUGGCAGAAGCACAAGCAGGAGAAACUGAAAAUCUUGACGAUAGUGGCAACGGCAACAAGGAAAAGGCGCCAGAGGCAGGCAGCAUUGAUCUCCAGGUGGAGGGGCCAGGGCCUCUUGCUGAUUCAAGUCCGUUUCUCGAGCCUACUCAAGUGAAAAAGAUUCUCCCUGGGGUAGGCCUCGACGAAGCCAUCACAGUUACAGAUGCACAGAUCCCGGGAGAGGACAAGAAUACUGCAGGAAGAGCUAGUAUCCUUGAAGAUCCUGUAUCUCUAAUAGGCAGUAAUUUCAACCUAGGACAAGGACAGACACUCGAAGAGAAUGAUCCUCCUACGCCAACACUGGAGCAACUCAGUCCAACCGCCGAAUCGCAACGGAAAAACAUUUCUUGGGAUGGAAACAAAGACGGCGAUAGUGAUUUCGCUCCAGGGGCCCAGAUUUUGCCCAAUGACGACUUUUUGGGUGAGGAAACAGGCAUUACGGCUAUCACUUCUUCUCAUGAUCAACCCGAGACCAACAUUUCCCCCACAGAUGGGACACCUCCGCUCCUGCGUCCUCGCGAAGAAGACGUUGUUGAAGCAGAAGUGAGGCACGAAGCUGCGACUCCUCAAGUCGAAGAAACAGCAGGUUCUGAUUUCCUAGAAACAGAAAAGCUGCUUCCACGAGAUAUCGGCAAUCUGAAUUCUCCCUUUUUUGCGGAAAACACUGGUUCUGCUGCCCUCGAUUCCACAGAAACUCUGACAGAUGAUGUUAGACAUCAGCAAUCCAUAUCGGCAACCCCUGACCUCAUUUCGAAGGAGGAUAGAACACACCCUCCUCUGUCGGCGAUUCAAAGCAGUAUUAUCCACUACGAUUCACAGAACGCGCCAUCCACCAAGACCGAGUAUACUCAGCAACAACAGAUUGGAGCAGACGAUGUCGUCAAAGCGAUGGCUAUAGACACUGCGCCUGAGCCUACUAUGGAGCCUGCUGCCGUCGUCAUGGAGGGAAUUGAUGAGGUAAUGUGGCCGGUGAAAACAAAGAAGUCUAAAAAGAACAAGAAAAAGGAGGAAGCCUUGAUUGCAAAGGAGCCUAGCGCUAUCUUACCAGACUUUCAAGCACAAACGGCUUCCGUGACCGAGCCUACGACUGCCAGCCUUGACAUCAGCAUAUCAACACCUGCUGACGAUCUCCAAAAUCUUGCUUUUACUGGUACACCAACUGCUAGCGCUUUGCCAGACCAGGACGAGACUGGAGCGGAUGAAACAUGGGCGGAUCGUUCCAAGAAAAAAUCGAAGAAAGAGAAGAAGAAGAAGCGUCAGCCGCUUGAUAUUUUCUACGACAUUGACCCUGAUGGCAAGGACCGUGAAGUAGUCCAGCUACCCGAGACUCAAUUGCCAGACACUGUCGAAAGUGCCCCAACCGAAGCUAACAUUAUUCAGAUUGGUGACGACCAGGGGAAGGAAAAUCUCGACUGUCUGCAGCCCGUUGAAGAAAGUAACAGCACGCAGAAUGUUGGCAGUUUGGAAGAUCGAAAGCUUGUCGUCGAUCCGAUAGAAGAUGACCGUGACGAACAGGAGGACACAGUACGGAUUGGAAAUGUAAACGAUGAUGAUGGUCAUGAUGAGAUCGGAGAAAUCCACCGCGCCGCCGUUCACGUGGAUGCAGUUCAAGACGCUCUUGACCAAGUUUUGCUCAAUCCUAAUCUGGAAUGGGGUUUCAAAGGCGCUGUCUCCGAAGAGGGCUCGGACUUUCCAGACCUUGUGGGUUCACCGAUUGCUUCAUAUGAAAGUACUACCAUUUCUGAGCCUGUGGAGAUUGCAUCAGAGAGUCUUCCGACUGACGGUGCAUCUGGGGAAAUGUUGACCAGACGAUCAAAAAGGGACAAGAAAAAAAGUCGGAAGGCUUCCACAUUUCCGUCCGAUUUCCUAUCUGAACCAGUCCCGGACCAAGCCUUCAAUACCGCCAUCCCUCCCACAGACAACUUGGCCGUAACGGGGCCUCUCCAAACGGAUGCUUCGAUAGCAGACGCCGAAGAACAACUCUGGCCCACCAUGAAACGCUCCAAAAAGGAGAAAAGGAAACUACGUAAAUCUGGCUUAUUGGGAACCCUUGAUAUCAUUGACCAGGAAGAUGUCACCAAAGGCGAAUCCGAAGUUGCUCAAGAGCAGCCAACCUGUACAGACUCAGAUCCUCUGGCCUCUACGGUUGCUGAUGUGCCGUCAGCGCUCAUUGAAAGCGAGCACGCAGCAGAAGUAUCGCAGAAUCAGCCCGAAAUCUCUCCUCCAGGCGGUGCUAACACAGCUGGCACUGUAUUUGAAGAAGCCGCAAGCGCUAGCCUCAAUCAAUCAGAAUUGGCAAGUGGACUCGCAGAUCCUCCUAUCGCGCCCAAGAUCGAUGACGACUGGGGCGUUUCCAAAAAGUCGAAGAAGGACAAGAAAAAGAAGAACAAGGCUGUCGACCGUCUAGCUGGAUUGCCAGAGGUGAACGCACCAGGCCCUACAAAGGAUCAGAAAUCAGAAACGAGUCCUGCCGCAGAGACGGAAAGAAGCAUUCAACAUGACACUAGUGAGCCCGUCACCACCAAUACUAGCCCGGUCGCUGAUGAGGCCGAGGAUGAGUGGAGCGUAAAGAAAAGAACGAAAAAAGACAAGAAAAAGCGUCGUCAAACAGCCUCGGAUUUUGAAACGCAGGAGAGGACUAUGAUCACUGGUCAAGAUGACUAUAACUUGACGCCUGCAGACUUUGAUCAUGAAAACCAAAAUGUCGAUAACGAGCCCGCUUCAGAUGACAGUGCUACUCAAAACCAGAUCUUUGACUCGCGGGAGGUUGUCGUCGAAGAUCAAACCAUUACCACUCGAGAAGCCACUGCCGACCUAGGCUUGAUCGAUGAAACAUUCUCCGCGGUCAUUCGCGACAAAGGCUCAAAAGGUCGAGCAGAUCUACAGUCAGAGUCGCAAUUGAAAGAGGAAACGCCCAAGGAAAGCUCAGAAAUCAUGACUAGGAAGCUCUCCGAGGGCAAGGACGAAGUCGAUUCACAGCCGGCCGAUGUAUUAAACCCAGUGGGAAGGGCCGUUGGUCAGCCAUUACAAAACCCAUCUACGUCGGCCGAGACGCUUGCAAGGCUCGAUGCAGGUGAUCUAAACCAAGCUGUUGACGGAGUUCAGUUGGAUCGACACCACGAUUCUUCUGAUACACCAACACCCAUGACAGCAACGCAACAGCCAACGAUGCUGUCCUCUGGUGGCGAACCCAACGCGACCGACUCGAGUGCUUCGGAGUCGAAGGAAGCAGAAAACCACGUUGUACCACUCUCGGGGAAUCAUGAAGACAACAAUGCAAAGCCUCGAGCGUCCGUUGAAGGUUCACUUGAUGUUGAUUCUACACGGAGCCCGGAAGCGCCAUCUACGACCCUACCUAGUUCUUUUGAGAGCACGGUCCAAGAGACGAACACCGCAAACGAGGACCCCACUUCCACAUCAGUGACACGAUUAGAACAACAGCAAGACACCGGACGGGCCGACAAGGAGUCUUUUCAACCAGUCCUUCCCGGCAUGUUUCCACCAGCUACGAUCGUGCACCCUUACGAUAGUGCAGAAUUGUUUGCGCCCAAGGCAAGUGAAAAUGAGACUUAUGAUGCCGUGCAUGCGGACGAUAAUGCUGCAGUACCAUUCGUCUCUCUUCAGGAGCCAGAACAAUGGAAAGAUGAUGCGACACUAGAGAACACUAAAGUCGAAGUUCACUUGGAAUCGCCCCCGCCUGUUAAUGACAUUGAUGGAGGCGAGAGUAAAGCGUUUGAGAAUGCUAAAGAGGCGACAUGGCCCGAGCUGUUGGAUUCUGAUCAUGGUGCCGUAGCCUCAGGCGAAGGAUCGUCCGGCAUAAUGGCAGAGGACAUCUCCCUUGAUAUGGCGUCGCCCGCUGACCGCACAAUCAAUCCUCAAGCUGUGGAACUCCGUGACUCACCACCGAGCUCUAUACCGCCUUCGUCUAAAGAAAAGAUAUCACAAGAGACGCCAGCACCGAGGAGCAAGAAGCAGAAGAAGAGUAAGAAGAAGCAGGUAAAGGUUGCUUGGGACACUGCACAUGAACUGCCAAGCCAAGAAACUGAGGAUCUGAUCAACGAAACAGGUGAACACCUGGGCCAGGGUGAAGGAGUGCUAGGCGAAGCAUCUUCGAUGAACGUUAGCUUGGACAACCCCACCAUCGUCACCGAAACAGAUACAAUGGACGAGGAUGACGUCGUGGUGCAGCGGGGCAACAUUGAUAGUGAAGAAGUCAACAAGAAGUCGAGGAGAAUUUUCGAAUACAACGGGACAGAAGACAUCAACUUGGAUGAUCCAGAGUUAGCGGGGUUGAGUGCAAUGCGAGACUCAUCUAUGAUGGAGGUUCAUGGUCCUGACAUGCCUUUGAGUGUACCUUCAUCUGAAGAGCGCCACCUAGACAGCCAUGGCCACGCCUCAGCUGCGGACAACUCGUCAGAUGUAAGCGAAACAACGCGAGAAAGACGGAAACGCCGGCGGUCGCCGAAGCCUUUGACUGGAGAAGAACCGGAAGAUCUACCAGGUCAACGGUCUCUAACUCCGCCUCCUGAACACGACGAUCUGAUGGAUACAGCACUUGGGGUUGCCGCAGGACUUGGCUUUGGUACAUCUGGUGGAGAGGCAAGUCGAACUUCUCGUCCGCGAUCUUCAUCACCGAAACGACAAAAGUCCAGCGAGUGGUCGUUCAAUAGAGUCGGUGUGGCUGACCGUCUUACCCAGGCGGACAAUGUUCGGGACAGCAGGGUUCAAUUCGAGUCCCCCAUUCUCGCCGAAGAACAUUUUUCGUCGCAAAGAGAUAGCGGUUUUGGCGGGGUGGUCAGUCAAUCACAGGGGGACGACAGACUGGCUGGCAAUGUCCUACCCAGGCCACUACGACCACAAUCACCAACUAGUUCGAUAGAAGACACUGCAGAAUCCCGAAGCGCUGGUGAAAGCAAAGGAGGGGCUCUUUAUCCCAUUGAAACGCCCAGAAGACGACCAUCACCCGUUGACUCGACUAGCAAGGAUCGAUCGUCCGCAUUGUUUGCAUCAUCUCCGGCAAUGCCAUCUCCUUCAAAUCAAUCAAUCAGCUCUCCGAGUCCGCGAGUCAUGAGAAACACGGGGCGUGAACCCGAGCACGAGGCCACGACUCCAAGGUCGAGUGGUAGCAAUAUGCUUGCAUCGAAUCUGAUCGACCGAGCCGCAAAGGUGGAAGUCAACCCAGAACUGAUAGAUCAGGCACCAGGUCCCACAGGCACAUCGCUGAACACCAUUCGCGAGGACAUGGCAGAACCUAUGAAUGCCAUGGGCAUUGGUGGCCCUGCGUUGGUGGGCAUCAUGGGAUUAGGAGCGGCUGCAGUUUCAUCACGUGAUGGCGGCGAUUCAAUAUCACGUGAAAAUUUCAGCCACGCUAAAUCUCUUGGCGGAACCAAGUCAAGAACCUCGUCCCUGCGGAACCUUCGCGGCACUACCGACCUCCCGCACCACCAGAGCACAGACACGGUCGCCGUGCCUGAUCCACUCAAGACAUCUGUCAAUGACCACAUAGGAGGAACCCCUCACCUGUCUGAUCGGGACAUGGCAGAAGUAUAUGAUGGCUAUGGCUCGUAUCCCGGUAGCCCUCGAUCGCCUACGCGACCUGCAAGUGUACGGCGGCGCCAGAGCACGCAACAAUUGAAAGAGCUGGAAACUCGGUUGGAUCAGCUGGCCAACGAGAAUCGGGCGCUGGCCGAGGCGAAACUGAUAGCAGAACAACACCUCGAGGCUGCACAUUUUGAGCAUAAUCGGUCAGAGAAUACCAAUGAAGAAGCAUUACGUGCGACGGCGGCGCAAAUACAAGAGCGGGACGUGGAGAUCUCCGGCCUGAGACAACAAGUGGCAGAUUUGAUGGCAACCCACGAGACGCUUCGACAUGAACAUCAAGAAAAGUUAGAGGCCAUCCAGGCCGAGCACGAUCAAGUCGAGUCAGCAUGGACCGAGUCCUCGCGGGAGUUGGAACUAUUGCGUGGCCGUCACGCGGAGCUUUCACAGGGGAUGGAGAUGAUUGUGCGGCAGGAGAUUGACAGCGCCGUCGAACAGAAAAAUGCCGAGAUUCAAGUGCUUCGAGAAGAGCUCGACAUGGCAAGAGACAAGAUUAGGGAGCUACAGUCACAGAUCCUGGCGCAGGGGGCUGACCAGAUAUUGACGAUACGGGACGAGGACUAUUUUGAUGGGGCAUGUCAACAACUGUGCCAACAAGUGCAGGGAUGGGUGCUUCGCUUUUCCAAAUACAGUGACAACCGAGUAUGUCGGAAGACCAGCGAAGUUCGAGACGACAAGAUCGUGGACAGAUUCGACAAUGCCAUCCUCGACGGGUCUGAGGUGGAUCAUUACUUGCUCGACCGUGUCAAGCGACGAGAUGUCUUCAUGUCGGUGGUCAUGACCAUGAUAUGGGAGUAUGUCUUUACUCGUUAUCUUUUCGGCAUGGAUCGCAGUCAACGGCAGAAGCUCAAGGAGCUCGAAAAGAACCUGGGCGAGGUGGGGCCUGCGAGUGCGGUUCACCAGUGGCGGGCUCUAACAUUGACGCUGCUCUCAAAACGAGAGGGAUUCAAGGCACAGCGAGACAACGACGCCGAGGCGGUGUCGCUGGAGAUCUUUUCGACAUUGUCGAGGUUCCUUCCACCACCACAGAAUUUGGAAGGGCAGAUUGUGGCAGGAUUGCGGGGCGUGAUGAACACAGCCGUCAAUCUGUCGAUCGAGAUGCGCACCCAGCGGGCGGAAUACAUCAUGCUACCGCCACUGCAGCCCGAGUACGACACCAAGGGCGACCUAGCCCGCUACGUCUACUUCAACGCCAGCUUGAUGAACGAGCGAAGUGGGGAGACUACGAGUAAUGACGAAUUGGAACGAAACCAGGCGGUGGUACGGAUGGUGCUGUUUCCUCUUGUGGUCAAGAAGGGCGACGACUCUGGACAGGGCGACGAUGAGAUUGUGGUGUGCCCUGCACAAGUGUUGAUCGCAAGACCAGACAAAGGUAAAAAGGCCCGAGGCCCGGGCAGGAUUGCCAGUGGGGACUCCAAAAGUCUGCGAGCGAUGAGUACACACUCUCUUGGGGCUAUGAGUGGCAUUGAGGCAAGCGAGAAUAUGAUCUGAGAUAAUGGGUUUGGAUUGGAGCCUUAUUGAUUGUCCUUUGGAUUGCAUUGCGAGGUUGGGCCAGGACUGGUUGAUGCGGGUCAUGGGAACCGGAUCAAACAAGGCAUGACUGGGAUUUCCUCCACAGUCUAAUGCAUGAGGCUACAUGCAUGUAUUGGUGUCUUUAAUGAAUUCACGAGUUCCUUUUUGGUCUUAGAUAAGUGGUGUAUGAUCAAGAAGUUUUGAGAUAUGCAGAGGUGUAUGAUUGUGACUCGAGACCUCUGUCGCCAUUCACCAACUACAUAUCCACCAUCC